AUGCCAUUAAAAGAUAGUUAUUUGAUAAAUGACUUAAAUUUGGAGAAUCCAAAUAAAAUGAAUAUUAUUAAUAAAUCUUAUGAAAAAUGUAAUAUUAAUGUGAAUAAAGAAUUAAACUGUAAAAUGGAUACCCUCAUAGAGUUUGCUGACAACUCAAAAAAUACAAUUUGCUUUAUACAAUCCCAGAACAAGACAAAAAAUCAGGAGGUCGAGAACGAGUACCUUUUUUUAAAAAAAGUGGGAGAUGUUUGUAAAAAGAGUUGUGAUUAUUAUUUUGAUACAAAUGUGAAUUUUCAUGAGUCAUGUGAAAAUUUUAAUGUUCUUUUUAAAUUAUUCCAUAAUUCUCUAGUAAACAUAAAAAAGAAAAAUGAGGAGGCGGAUGAAAUUGGGAAGGUUUUAAAAAGUAUAGAAGAAAAAGAAUAUUCUGAAAUGAAAGAAAAUGAAGAAAAAAAUGUAGAACUAAAAGGAGAAUUAAAAACAAUUGAAAAUAAUAUACAUUUUAUGAAUAAUGAAUCUACUACUAUAUCUAAUAAAAUAAAAGAAAUAGAUUAUCAAAUUAAUCAGCAUAAGGAAGCAUUAGAAUCAUUUCAAAUUUUGACACAUUUAAAUUAUGAAAAAAUUAUAAUUUUACAAAAUGAUUACAAAAAGUUGUGUGAUGAAAAGGAAGGAAUAAUAAAUGAAAUCAAUGAAGCCACAUUGGGAAUUUCCGCCUCUCAAGAAAAUUUAGUUAAUCAGACAAAAGAGAUGGAAGACAAGAAAAAGGGGCUGUUCCUCACCGAAAAGGAGCUGAAGUAUCAACUGGAAAACCUCAUGCUCAAUAAAAAUGAUAUAUGUUCAGAAAAUUCGAGAUUGGAAUCACAAAGUCGAUUUUUAGAGAAUCAAAUAUCAUCACAGGAGUAUUAUUUAAAUGUGAUAAAUUUGGGGUUGCAAGGGACAAUUAAACGAAGAACUGAAUUAGAAGAUUCACUAGAUGAAUCAAAAAAAAAAAUAGAAAAUGUAAUAAAAAUGAUAGAAAAAACAAAAGAAGAUAAAGAAAAGGAACAAGAAAAAUUAAUAAACUUAGAAAAUAAUUUAGUUGAAUUAGAAAAAAAAUAUUUAUUAAAAGAAGAGGAAGUUUUAAAGGUAAUAAGUGAAGAAAAUAUUUUAAAAGGUAAAAUAGAAGAUGAAAAAAAAAAAAUGAAUCAAAAUAUUCUGAACGAUUUUAUAAAGGAAAAAGAUUUCAUAGAUGAAGAAAUAAAUAACUAUAAAAAUGAAAUUAAAAAAUUAGUAAUAAAUGAAAAAAGAAAAAUAAAAGGAAACAUAUUAGAUGAUAUACAUUGUACAGAUGAUGUAGACAUCUCUAAAACUGGCGAAGUUUAUGAUAAGAAUAUAACUAUUGUAAAUAAGUUAGAGGUUAUUCUUGAAGAGCUAAGAAAAAAUAUUACAGAAGAACAGGAAGCAAUAUGGAAAUCAGAACGAGAGUUUCAACACACAACUAUGCAAGUAAAUGAAUUACAAAAAAAAAUAAACGAUAAAGAAAAGGAGAAAAAUGAAAUAGAUAAUAUAAUGAAAUCCAAAAAUAAUGAAUUAAUAAAUCUUAAGGAUAAAGAAAAAGAGUUUGAAAAUAGUUUAGUAAUUAUAAGGAAUGAAACUAAAGAGUUAGAGGAAAAAUAUAAUAAAGAAUAUGAUAACACAAUGAAUAUAAAAAAUAAAUUAAAAGAAAAAGAAACAAAAAUGGAAAUAGAGAUUGAACAAUUAAAUAAAGAAUAUGAUGAAAAAACAAAAAAUUUAUAUAAUUCAAAAAAUAAUCAAAUUGAUAUUAAUUCUACUGAAAAGAAAAAAAUGAAAGAAGAUGUAGACAUAUAUUCAAAAAAUAUAAUAUCCGAAUAUGAAUUAAAAAAAGUAAACUUUGAAAAAAAUGAAAGAAUAAAAUAUGCUGAUCAAUAUAAAGAGCUCGAUAUUGAAUUAAAAAAAGAAGAAGACUUAGUAAAUUAUUAUAAAGAAUUGCUAUCCAAACAAGAAUAUAAAACAUUAGAAAGUAGUAGUAAUAGUAUUGAGAUUGAAGAGUAUGAUCAAAUAAAAGGAACUAAUGGAAUAAAUAAUAUAAUGACAAAACAUGGUAAUAAUUCUAAAAUAAUAGACAAUAGAAAGAUAUAUCAAAAAAAUGAUUCUUAUAUUAAUAAGUAUAAAUUAUAUAAUAUGCCUGAUCAAUAUAAAUUUGGCUACUUUGAUGCAACAUCACCUAACGUUGUCAGAAAAAGUAUGAAACUUCCUACUCGUUCAGUAAAAUCUCCUCAUAUAGCUAGAUUAUUAGAAAAAAUAAAAAGCCGAAAAGGAUGUCAAACGCUAGUUGGGACAAAAAAAGCACCGAUUAAUCAGGUCACUAGUAAUGCAUACAGAAGAAGUAGAAGUAGUGCUGGAAAUUCAAAUAAUAAAAAAAUAAGUAACAAUACAAACAUUUCAAAUUUGGAAGUCCAAAGAAAUGGAAAUACUAAUAGAUACAGUCGAACUAGCAAUGGCAAUAGAAAUAGUAGCAGCAAUAACAAUUCAUUUGAUUUGUUUCAGCAUUUGUAA